ACCAAGAGCCAUUACUCUUCCCCCCCUCCCACGUGCUCUUCAGUACUGUGCAUGUUAAUCAAUCAUCAGGCUUGAUGAACUGUUGCCUUUCAUAUGCCAGUUUAUCUAUCUAUCACUUUCGUGUAUGUGUCAUCCAUUGUAUCUUAAAACUCAUCAGCUAUAAAUACACCUGAUCAGUCAUCUAUCAAUCAUUUAGCUAUAUAUAUAUAUAUAUAUAUAUAUACUGCCCAUAUCCAUAUCCAUAAUUAAGCAAGGAGUACUAGCUAGCUGGUGUAGAAAGGCGCUACGAUGCAGAAUUACGAGGUGGUGAAGGAGUUGGGAUCUGGUAAUUUUGGGGUGGCCAGGCUCAUGAGGCACAAAGAAACUAAACAGCUUGUUGCCAUGAAAUAUAUUGAGCGUGGUCGCAAGAUUGAUGAGAAUGUGGCAAGAGAAAUAAUAAAUCACAGAUCACUUAGGCAUCCGAAUAUUAUUCGUUUCAAAGAGGUGAUAUUAACACCAACACAUUUGGGGAUAGUAAUGGAGUAUGCAGCUGGUGGUGAGCUCUUUGAUCGCAUCUGUCAAGCUGGUCGAUUCAGUGAACCUGAGGCUCGAUACUUUUUCCAACAGUUGAUCUGUGGAGUCCACUACUGCCACAACAUGCAAAUAUGCCACAGAGAUCUCAAGUUGGAAAACACACUGUUAGAUGGAAGUCCAGCACCUCGCCUUAAGAUCUGUGACUUUGGUUACUCCAAGUCUUCUGUGUUGCAUUCACGUCCCAAGUCGACUGUGGGAACUCCAGCUUAUAUUGCACCUGAGGUUCUCUCUCGACGUGAAUAUGAUGGCAAGUCAGCAGAUGUAUGGUCAUGUGGAGUGACUCUAUAUGUCAUGUUGGUGGGAGCCUAUCCUUUUGAAGAUCUAGAUGAUCCCAGGAAUUUCAGAAAAACUAUUUCAAGAAUAAUGGCUGUUCAAUACAAAAUCCCAGACUAUGUGCACAUAUCCCAUGAUUGCAAGCACCUUCUUUCUCGUAUAUUUGUUGCCAGUCCUGCCAGGAGAAUCACAUUGAAAGAGAUCAAGAACCAUCCAUGGUUCUUGAAGAGCUUGCCAAAAGAACUGACAGAAUCAGCUCAGGCAGUAUAUUACAAAAGAGACAAUCCAACAUUCUCCCUUCAGAGCAUUGAGGAGAUCAUGAAAAUUGUUACAGAGGCAAGAAGUCCACCACCUACAUCAAGGCCUGUUCCGGGUUUUGGCUGGGGAACAGAGGAAGAAGAAGACGGAGAGACCAAAGGAGAUGAGGAAGAGGAAGAAGAAGAAGAAGAAGACGAGUAUGAAAAACAAGUUAAGCAAGUUCAUGCAAGUGGAGAGUUUCACAUCACACAUGAUGAUGCUUAAGUUUACCAUUUCUCUCAUUUGAUGUUCUGUAGAACUAAUAACCGCACUAAGCCUAUUUCCUACAACAACAAACUUAUCAAAUGUACUAAAUAUUACACUACUAAGUAUUCCUUAUUCCUUCCUUCGUAUA